AAACAUAAUAGUGUCUACAUUUAUUUAGAUAAUUAGUGUUGUGAAUUAUUCGCCGCAUUUAACUUAUAUUUUCGUUUAGGUAUGUAAAAGUUAAAUAUCAACUUGUUUCUUUCUCGUGACUUUUGAUGUAAUAGCUUAUACAGGAUUGUUUAUUUGACAAUGGCUCCUAUAGACUAUUCAAUAAAAGAUAUAGACAAGAUAAUCGAUGUUGAUGGAGAUAUUAAGAACGUGGAAGUUACUCGCCUAACGGCACCCGGUGAAAACUACUUGAGUUUGGUGCUACGAGUCGACAUCGAGGCGGAGAAAGAUGGCCACAGAAAGAUAGUCAAAGCAGUAGCCAAACGACUACCAUUAGGAAAAAAUACGAUGGGAGGCGAGAUGCAUAGUUUCGCGAUGAACAACGAAAUUAAAUUUUAUUCUGAAAUAAUUCCUAUAUUAACUAAAUUCUCGAGCGAAUAUGGAAUUGAUAGUAGACAAUUAUACGCAAAAUUCCUCGGGUCCAGAUUGAGCUUGGAUCCAACAAAGACCGAAGCUGAUGAAGAAUCGGUAUUGUUAGUUGAAAAUUUAAUUCCUCAAGGCUAUCAGAACGAAGACCGUUUCAUUGGCUUCGAUCUAAUCACAGCAAAAGGUAUUCUUAAGAAGUUAGCCUUAUUCCACGCCAUCCCUAUAGCGCUUCGAAGCAAAGACCCAGAACAAUACAAAAUAGUUAAGGAAUUCCUUGACACACCGCACCCGCAUCCACCUAAAGGUCCCCCAGGGGAAGACAACAAAAAUGGCCCACCAGAGGGCCACGAAGGGCCCGACAAACUUCUGUUGAAAGCUAUUCAAAACAUACCAGAGUGCUCGCCCUUUGUUGCAAGAUUAGAGCCUCUCCUGAAUAAGCCUAUGGGACCACCGGGUUCUCAGCCAGGUGUUGAACCGUGGGCUACGAUUUCUCACGGGGAUUUCUGGGUAAACAAUGUAAUGAUUAAGCCGCAACCAGGCAAGGAACCACUAGUUAAACUGGUCGAUUUUCAAGGCUGUAGGUACCAGUCGUUCGCCAGGGAUGUGGUGUUCUUUUUCUUGACUAGCUUAAGAAACGAUGUUCACAAAGAGCACUUUGAUGAUCUACUCAGAUGUUACUACGACGAAUUCACAAAACUUUUAAAACCGUUCGAUUUGGACCUAGAGCUUACUUAUGACGAGUACUUAAAAGAACUGGAAACAGCAGCAAAGGACGGCGAAACAAAACAUGCAAUAUUCUUCAGCAAUAUCGUGUUUGGUGAAAAGAAUAGUUCAGUGGACGUGGCCGUCGAAGAUGUAGACUUUUUCGCUAUGAUAUCGAAAAAAAUAGAAAAUAUGAACGAAUUUCAGAGGGCUAAACUAAUUCUUAUAGUAUCAGAAGUAUGCGAAAGAGACUGGGUUUAAAUAUAGAGAAUAUUACGAAAUUAUGAUAUAGUAAUUGUAUAAAAUGUUUGCAAUUUUUUUUUUAUAUAAUAUUGUUUUUGUUAAUUUAAAAACUGAUUAAAAAAUAACCAGAGACAUAAAAAU